GUAUAGAACACAGGUUGUCUGAACUAGAAAUGGUUGUGAGGUCGAGGAAAGAGCGGUGGGCAUUACAGGUCGGAGCACUGAAUGGCUAAUAUUGCGUCCUUAAGUAUCCAUCUUGGCCGAGGAAGCCCCGCCACUUCCUCGAACAGAAGCAAUGCAGCUGAUUUCGAUCCUAAGAGCUUAGUUUUGAUUCUCAUGGUCUCCUCUUCCUCCUCUAGCAGCGGCCGGUCGCUGCGUCAUGCUCAUCACGUACGAGAAUCCGUUUGAGGGGGAGGAGGAGGGGUGCAGGCGCUGCGAAAGGAGAGGUAGGGAGAUGGACAAGGAAGCAAUGGAGCGCUAUUUGCUGUCGAUGUUCUGGGAGAGCGACAGGGACGAGGUGGCGGCGCUGGUCGACGGCCCCGCUUUGGCUUGGAAAUGCGGCAGCCGCAGCAGAACCGCCGCCGUCGGAUGCAACAAGAAGAGGCUGCUCUCGAAGCAGCUGUCGAUGAAGGAGACAAAGAGAGAGGUCAAGUGGGAGAAGCGGCGGAGGCAGAUAUUGCAAAGCAGGCACAUGAUGACGGAGAGGGGAGGAAAGGAGGAGGAGGAGGAGGAGGACGACGACGAGGACGAGGCCGGCGAUGGUGGCGAGAGGAGGGCUACCAAAAGGGUGAGGAACCUGACGGAUGAGGACCUAGACGAGCUUAGGGGAAGCAUAGAACUUGGGUUCGGGUUCAACGAGGAGGAAGGCGGCCACGACCUCCUCGACACCCUCCCCGCACUCGAUCUCUACUUCGCCGUCAACCGCCAGCUCUCCGACAUCAAGAUACCACUCUCGCCGAGCCCGGUGACCAGCCCCACCACCGCCUCUACUCCGUCGACCUUGUGCGGCUCUCCGAGCCCUCGGAGCCCCGACGAGCAUUCAGGAGGCCCCUCGGAGUCGUGGAAGAUCUGCAAUCCAGGAGACGAUCCGCAGCAUGUGAAGACGAGACUGAGGCACUGGGCGCAGGCCGUGGCUUGUUCUGUCAGGCAAAGUAGCUGAGAGCUGUAUCUUUCUGGAUCAAGACUCAGUUUCAUUGAUAAAACUGUGAAGAGAUGGAGCUGAGGAUGAAAUGGAGAGACCUGAAGGGGGAAAAGCCACCCAGAAGUUCUUUCCUCUUUUUUCCUCUUCAUUUACUUGUUUCUAUUUCUUUUUUUUCUUCUAUUGAGAUCCUUGAUUCAAAAUAAACUUAUUUCUCAUCUCUAGAAAUUAUCCAAAAACAGAGUAAGUCAAUCCCUGUACAUUCUUCCAAGUUAAGCAUUUUUCAUGUCAAUCAAACUUGAUCAACCUGGAGCAUUGAACUUUACCAGCAAUUCAGGUGACACAACCAUCAUAGAGAUUUUCAAAAUUCAAUAUAACUGUUGGAUAAGCAAU